AUGGAAACGCGCAUUUUCUUUACUCUAAUCUGUUUGCAGCUGGGCAUCGCCACAGCAUCUCCCAAUGGAAGAAUCUACAAGGCAGCUCGUGGACACGUCCACCGUCGUCGCGAGCUCCAAGAACUAAAUGAUCCUUGUGCCGCCGAAGAGCUUAGCAACGAUCAAGACAUUUCCAACGACGAACGUGCUCGCUCAAACGUCUUUCGCCGUGGCAGCGGUCGCCGCCGCCUCAAAGUGGCAGGUAAGGCACUCAUUGCAGGCAAGGCAAACAUUGGCAAAGCGGUGGCCAAGGCAGACACUGGCAAGGCGGUGUCGUCAUCGUCGUCGUCAUCAAGCAAGUCAAAGGUUCCAUCCGAUGCUCCAUCCAUGGUUCCAUCAACUGCCGCCCCAUCAGUCUCCAAUGGUGACGUAGGAUCAAAUGACUUUGGUAUUGAUAGCAGACCCACUUUGUCGCCUACUGGCGUGCUCCGGACUCCUGUUUCGACUUGCAUUCCUACGAAGCUCCCUGUGGCACCCACUCCUUGGCCCACCAACAAGCCGUAUAUCACUGAUUCGGAUACUGCCGUGUCGACUUGCAUGGGGGAUCCAGAUGAAGAUGGCAUUUUCGAGGACGAACUCUUGCAUUUCAAGUACAAUCUUUACGUGGCAACAGGAACCGAUCAAACCAGUUCCAUGAUUUUGGCAGAAAUGUUGAUUCACUACGGGUUGGCCGACGAGUUUCUCACUUGUGACUUUGAAGAUGAUUUCUCUCCCGAUAUUUUCGCCAUUGAUUCGAGUCGCAAUGCCACCGUGUUGACUGAAGAGUGUGAUAAAACGGAUGAUCCAAUUCCUCCCGUUGAGACAGAUUGCGUGGUGAUCCUUUCCGAUGUCAAUUUGACAGCCUUUUAUCCAUUUUCAUCGUUUCCCUAUUCCCUUCCGAACCCUGCCAUUAAGAAUGCCACUGGAUUCUACUUGAACUCGUCGAUGGCUCGUGGCGACUUUGUUUGGGGCGACGUCAUUCAAACUGUAUUCAAGGGUUUUGUCGAGGAUGACAACUCAACCGGUGUGGCUGGCAUCGUCGUUGGACGUGGAGCUGCAGCUGGUGGUGGUGGUUCAAGUGGUGUACUCGUGGGAUCUGCUUUGUCUGGGAUUGCAGCGCUCUGUCUAUUGCUCUUUUUGUUGUUUGCCGUGCAACGUCACAGACGCCGAAGUGAUCCCUACAAGGGGCCUGGAGAGAGUUUGGGUGGUACCUUUUCCAAUGGCAGCGAUCCUGGAUUGGAGUCCUUGUCGGAUGGAAGAGUGCAGCUCGUGUUGAACGAAGAGUUUGACUUUGGAGAAGAAGAUCCUCAUUUGGGCUUUCAUGAACAGCCCGAUGUGCACCACUGCAACUCGGCAAUGUGUCCUAUUUGUCGCCAAAAGAAUGGCCCUACCUUUCUUAAGACUCAGACUCAACCUGAUGACGAGGCCCGAUGGCCACAACCUUCGACCAACACAAGAUUACCAGCACGAUCCUAUGAUUCCGUGGACACUGUCGACAUGUAG